CCGAAUGGAACCCAACACUUCAAGGUUCAAUCUGACAAACUCGCUCAGCCAAGCUACUUGCGCGGGUAAAUGAUGUCCUUCCUUCCAAAUCCACCUUGCCAUGCACCUCAUCGUUAUCCGCACCAGGGGCUUAUUAUGCUCCACGUCUCCACCGUCUGUCUAAAGUUCUGUGUGCUUUCUUCCAUAACACUCAAUUUAGUAAUUUUAUGCCUAAUGGGUGUUCGGAUUCUUAACCUUUCCCCAUUUUCUUGUUCCAGAUCCUUCCUUUUCAACUCCACAGCCCCGUCAGGUUUUAUCCCUGUGUCUGCACUGUCCAAGAAAACGCAAUUGGAUGCACCAUCUUCUAGAUCCAUCCAGCUGAAAAAUUCCUCAUCUGGGUUCGGCUGUUUGAUUCAUCAGGCAGGCUUUAGAGCUUCAGGGUUCGUAGCCAUGGCUUCCACGGGAUCGGUUCAGAAGUCUGAAGAGGAGUGGCGUGCUAUUCUAUCUCCUGAACAGUUCCGGAUUUUAAGAAUGAAAGGGACUGAGUAUCCAGGAACAGGGGAAUACAACAAGCAUUAUGAAGAGGGAGUGUACAAGUGUGUAGGAUGUGGAACUCCUCUUUACAGGUCCACAACUAAGUUCGACUCGGGCUGCGGCUGGCCCGCUUUUUAUGAGGGUCUUCCUGGUGCCAUUAACAGGACCACUGAUGCAGAUGGGAGGAGAAUAGAAAUUACAUGUGCUGCCUGCGGAGGACACCUUGGCCAUGUUUUCAAGGGUGAAGGGUUCCCCACGCCAACGGAUGAGAGGCAUUGUGUCAAUAGUAUCUCUCUAAAGUUUGUCCCUUCACCAAAUUCUGAUGCCUAGCUCCUGAGUCCUGACUGACUGAAUAUGAAUGUGUGGUUCCAACUCUAAUAUACUGCUUUGACUUUGUAUCACACAACUGAAGCUCAUAAUAUGAGUGAGGAGCCCUUGUGGGCGGUUUUUUUUCUGUGUUUGUGUAAAUGUCCAUUGUCCAAUCCUUGUGUUUGUCAUAUAUUCCGUAAGUCUGUAUCGGAUUAUGUGCUGUUCUGGACUUGUAUCUCUUGUUUAAUAGGGCUAAUAACACCAUCCGCUCACAAAACUGAAUCGACAUAAAAUUAAUGGCAUUUCAAAUGGUUACAAUUU